AUGGAGAUACCAGAGUUUAAGGUCGGAGAUCUAGUUUGGGCAAAAAUGAGAGGAUAUCCGCAUUGGCCGGCUCAAGUAAGUGCUUGUUUUCGCAUUCAUCGCAUUUUUAGAUAUCAAAAAAUCCAACUCAGUCUAAUGGGAAGUACGUUGUGUCCUUCUUUGGUACACAGGAGUCUGCUUUUGUAAAACCGUCCGACAUUUGCGAUUAUUUUCAAAAUUUGGAUACGUAUGGGAUUCCAAGAAAGCUGAACGAUUUCCAAAAGGCGAUGGAGGAGAUCAAAGAAGUCGCCAAAAAGAAGGCCAAGAAAGGGCAGAAGAAGGAAAAUUCGAAUUCAACUCCCAGACAACAGAGGAAUCGUAUUCCAAAUCGACUGAUAUCCAACGAAGACUUUGUUGUACCUCAACCCAAGAAACUGAAGGGUGAAGAGAAAUCUGGCAAAUCUGACAGUGGUGCUCCAAGUCAAAACAAUUCGCCGAGGAAAAGGACGGACAGUGCUAGUUCAACGGAGAGGUCUCGGAAAAGAAUUAGUUAUUCUGAGAGAUUCGGGGUCGAUCUUUCUGACAUCGAAUCUACAUAUCCAAAUGCGGUAUGUGGGAACGAUGAAGAUCUAUUGCUUUUAGGUUAGAGACAAUUUAUUUCCUGGAUUCCCGAUGUUCGAAGGCCUUGAAAGUGAACAAUCUGAAGAUGAGAUAAACAAACUAUUAGGUGUCAGGAAACGGAGGAGGACUAGAUCUCGGUUGUUUGAUGAUUAUUUUUUGCCAGGGACAGGGAAACGAGAUCGAUCGGGAUCAUUCUCCUCGACGAAUGGCAGAACCAGGUUGGUUUUAAUAAGAAAAUGGGUAGUUUUCGUAUCUUGAAUUACCUAAAAAAUUGUAGAUUAAUCAGCGGAUUCUCCGAUACCUUUGACGAUUUGGAUUUCAAUCCGCAUGUUUUAUUCAACGCCAUCGAUGACUUGCCCAGUGAAGAGUCAGACCGCGCAAUCACUCCUGAAGCACCCACUGCAAUGCCAUUACAAGAGAAGAAGUGUUACUCCUGUGGAUGUUUAUGUGAUGUCGUAAAACGGAAAUGGAAGUAGGUCUUGUUGAUUUAGUUUCUGUUUUUAAGCGAAUUGGCGUAAUUUCGAAUCCUUAGGUGUUCCAAUCGCGAUUGCAAUAGGUGGAACGGAGUUUUGGAGACACCGUCGAUGAAACCGGCAUCUGUUCACCCUCUGGCAUUUAAUUGGGACAAGACUUAUCUUGAAGAUAUUCCUAUGUCCGAUUCCUCAGACAAAGCCGAUUUCAAGAAACCUUUGACUUUGGACACGGGAUCGGGAGCAGACAUGGCUGCUGAUCAGAUCACCAAGAUCAAGCAGGAGUUGAUGAUCGAGGAGACUGUCUCAGCCACAGCGACGCCCGUUCCCGAGCCAAGUCCAGUCCAACCGGCGGACCCAGUCCUGGCGAGCAGCAGCUCAAUUUUUCAAUUUAAAGAGCAGAUUCCUCCGCAAAGAGAGCCCCCUAAGGAAAUGCCGCCUGGAAUGAUUCCACCUCAAAAAAGUCAGAUCAUCCACAACCAAGAACCUAGCGGAAUUAGGCUAGAACAAUACGAACCGCAUAAGAGGAUGAUUAGACCGGGAAAUCGAAGCCGAGCGUAAGGAAUUUUGUAUUUAGUGGAGUCUUAAUGCUUUCAUUUGUAAUAUCGGGUGUAUUUAGGAAGGUAGAAAAAACGCCUCCAGUCACAAGUAAUGGUGUUCGGUAUUGUUAUUUCUGUCCAGGACAGGUGAGGCCACAGAUGUGUGGGGGAAAUAAGCAUCGUUGGCGAUGUGUGGACAAGAAGUGCCGGAAAUGGUAUGGAUGGGUGAAGAGCAGCGAUGAAAUUCCUCGUGAUCUCGGGAAGAAGGGUCGAUGGAAGGAUCUGGUUAUUAGAGUCCAGAGCUCUCAGAAUGAAUUCGAGGAUCGGCUGGCUAGUGAUAUGAUCCAGAAGAAUGGAGAUCAGGUUCGUUUCAUGCCGCAUUGCUUUAAAGAUGCUCGAUCAAUCUGUCUGGAAUUAGAACUUUUUUAGGAUGCUUACGGACAAGAUGAGGAAAGGGGACGUGUCAAAAGAAGAUACCGAAGGUGUAAACCUCAGCCAUGGAGAGAUAUAUCGCCAUUAACCGUGAAGGAGUCAUAUUACGAGCCAUCUUGUAUGGAACAGCGACCUAGAUGGUGGAUUCAGGAGAGAAAAAAAGCAGAUUUCUCUCCUGAAAGGGAGUUUGGGGUUGAUAUUCUGGAUGCCGCGGCUUCGUUCAGACUGAUUGCAAACUCCAUGCUGACUGCGGCCAACACAAAAACCGAUGAAUAUGGUUCUGUUAAUGGUUCGUCUGUGUAAUUCAAGCUGAUAGUUUUAUUUUAGGUGCCCUUGAUCUUUUGAUGGAUUCAUUGAUGUCCUCACUUGGCCCUUUGAUGACGAUUGCCAAGCAUAUUCCCGGUCUUAAUUUACCAGAAGAGACCCUUCAGAGAGUAUGGAAUUCCACAUCUCUUCAUACUCCCAUGUUCUAG